UUUAUCUGAAAUUUAAUGUUAUUUCUUUGGUUUGGUUUUGCAAGCUCCUCCUCCCCAGAAAGAGAUUUUGAGAUUGAAUAUGUGACCGUAGAUGCUAAAUCCUCCUCGGCUCUCUCUGUUUUGGUUUUUUUAAGUCUCUAUCUUGUCUCUCUUGUUUUCCUCUAUUUUCAUUCACUCAAGGACACCAAAAAGUGUGCUUCCACCUAUUUCUGGCUCGGGAGAACUGAAUAUCGCUACUCUUUCAGAGAUUGCAAAAAACAUGGUGGUAUCAUGAGAUUCAUUCAAGUUUCUUACUUAGGGGCAUCUCCAUCUUCUCCAUCUAGAUUGCUAAAAGCUAAAGCUGCAACAAAGGUAGCCGUUUUGACAGAAUUUCCAGAGGUCAAUUCUUUAGAUACUCUACUUCUCAAAACCUUUACAGUUCGAAGCUCUUAUACACAAUCCUAAAGUUGUUCACAAAUUAUUGGUGGUGUAUAUGGAUCAAUGGUUCCCAACAACUAGGUAAUGCAUAUCGGUCAAAAUAACAAUAUCAAUGAAGUACUAUUAUUGUUGUACAUGAUGAUAUGUGAAUGUAUAAAUACCAAGAAAUAAUUCACCUUGAAACAACUAUAAACCUUUGUUGGAUAUUCUGAAAUUAACAAACAACUCAUUAUUUUUCAUUGCAUGUAAAUGUUACCGUACAUCCCGCAUAAGGAAAUUGGCCUUCAAAAUGAUAAGCUGUAUAAGGUGUCCUUGGCACCUUGUGCAAAUCUAUAGGUGGGAUUUCAUUCACGACAUUGGACCCUAACUUGAAUUGCUUGGGGACUUACGCAGCAAAAUGGAGAAGCAUUCUAAAUAUAAUUCUGGCUAGACUUUUGGAAUUGUGCAAGAGUCUAGAGUUGCAGAAAUGAAAACCUUGUUAACUUGAAAUAUUAUUUCUAUCAUUUAAAGGUCAUUCCCGAAUUGGGCAAGAUACAGUGAAGAUGCUUACAUGGGACUUCUUUACUACACCAUUGAUAGCCUUAAUCCUGCUUUUUAUUUUUUCGAUGCUGGUUUUAUUGUUAUACACUUGUAAAACAAUGCUUGUUUGCUAUGGAUU